CAACGAAACCAUCUGACCGAACCUCCUUUUGCGACCGAAAAGCAAUUGACCUAAGCUGGGAGAAAUUUACAAAGGACUAUUCUUGUCGCUAUACUUUCAAAGCACUUGGUUAACUCGACAGUCCAUUGUUCCUAUGCUCGCCUGAGCUAAAUUUGGAUCAUAAAGAAGAGCGGUGACGAGCCCGCUAAGAGCAGCCCCCCGCCUGUCGAUUCAACGAUUCUACACCAUACUCGCCUUUCUACACACCAAAUCGACUCGUUGAUCGAGUUCUAUGUUAUAACACCGACAAAAUGCGUCUAGGAGAGACUGUCACGGUAGUCAACAAAUCUGGGAAGAUUGUGAGCACGGGCAAGCACCUUGUAGGCGUUUUCAAGGAAGCACAAGCUGCGUACCGCGAGAAGAAAGCCGAAAUAAAGUCUCAUCGAGAUGCGGAACAUACCGAAAAAGUUGCUCAGAACUCCUCUUCCCCACGACCCCAUCAUGACCAUCACCACCACAUCCGUGAUGCCGACAACCGGUCGCGGGCCUCUUCUGGAUCACGUCGCACACACGGCACUGUCCGCCGCAAGCCGGUCCCAGACCGCACCACGUCUGUCCGCCGCGCCCACACAUCUCGCCCAACUCAACCCUCCCGUCACAAACCCGACCUACCCCGCAGCCGCACUCUCCCACAAGAUCUUCCUGUGGCUGGAGAGGAUCCAUACCCGCGAAGACACAGCGACGGCACCUCUCUAGCCCUCGUGCAUCGCCCGCGCCCCGCCUCCGCUCGCUCGGCGUCCACCACCGACUCCAUCGAUAUGGACCUGGCAUACGGGAGUUUCAGCCACCACUCCCUGGUACCCUCCACACCGACCUCUCCCGUGGCCGUCGACCCGGAGAUCGAAAUCAAACUAUCCGCGCUAACACGCAUGCUCGACGAAGCGAAUGCGCUGCAGCACGGUGUCACCGCCACUAUCGCAAGCCUACAAAAGAACCCGGACGCACUCGCCGCUGUUGCGCUGACGCUUGCGGAGGUUAGUCAAAUCGUUAGUAAGAUGGCGCCGGCCGGAUUGGCGACGCUAAAGGGGAGUUUCCCGGCGGCGAUGGCCUUGUUGGCGAGUCCACAGUUUGCGAUUGCGGUUGGGGUCGGGGUCGGUGUGACUGUGGUGAUGUUAGGAGGGUACAAGAUCGUGAAGCGGAUGCAGAAGAAACGGCUGGACGAGGUUACAUUGGAGGGGCGGAGCAGGGAGGAAGAAGAAGCGCAGGAGCUGUUGGAGUUGAACGGUGAUUUUGGACGGAUUGAAAGAUGGCGGAGGGGGGUUCCGAUGAGUGCGGGAACUGGGACGGAGUAUAUCGGAAGCCAGGUCGGGACCAGCGUUGAAGGGGAGUUCGUCACUCCCGGGGCCAGCAGGGUGUUGUUACGAGAGGGGGUUAUCGCCGAGGAGGAUCUCCGCAGCGUGAAGACAUCAAAGACCAAGAGAACCAGCAAGUCGGUUAAAUCGCGUGGCAACACAAGCAAAAAGGAGAAAAGCAAAGACGACAUGAAGCGGGAGGAGAAAGAGAAGAGGAAAUCGGACAAGGCGAAGAAGGGGCAGCGCGAGACAGACAAGAAGCACGAGAAGGAACGCGAACGAGAGAGGAGGAGGGGCGACGCAAAGGAGAAUCACAGUGUUACUGGUGGGUGGAAACGGGAGUUGAAUGAUUUACGGAGUCGGUUGAUCAACUGAAUGACUGGAAUGACCAUAUACCAUUGAUCUUUUGAGCGGAAACAAGCGGAUUUUUUGGAGUUUAGUGUCUUGAACGAUAGACAUUUGUUUUGUUAACCGGCGACUUAUCGUGGAGGGGUCUCCAAUCUCAAUUGAUACGUCUAAAUAACAUUCACCUCCUGCAUCACUGUCCGUCAUAUUCUAAAUCACGAGAACAUCUCGAGUUAGACUGGCUCAUGGAGACAUAAUAUCAGCCGGAAUCUUGUUGAAGAACCCAAUAGCGUAUAAUCAAGG